CAGACAGAUAGACCGACGACGACGACGACGGGGGGGACAGACGUGCCGAUGGGCGCCAGGGGAAGAUGAGGAAAGGUGAGGUGGCGUUUGUGUGAGCGAGGGUGGUCGACUUUUGUUUGUAGCAGUGUUGAUAGGGGGGAGGAUGUGACAGGCCGCGACGAGAGGGCGACGAGGAACGAGUCAGUCAGUUGGGAUGGACUGAGAGAGAGAGAGAGAGAGAGGGGAGAGAGAGACAGUGAAAAGGGGGCCUUGAAUUUGGCGUUGGCUUGUAUUGCGGUAGGAGAGGAAGGUGCUGCUGCCGUCGUGGCCGGGUGCGUGUGAGUGAGAGCCCAUCCUGCCGGGCGCGAUGGAGCUUGGUGGAGCUGCUGCUGCUGAUGCUGCUGCCGCUGACGAGAGCUGGGUGUCGAGGAUUGCCGGCGGCCCGAUUGGUCUUGGGCUUCGCAGGCUGGUGGUGGUUUAGUGGAUUGGUCUCGGCUGGGGCGUCGAGGGGGGCUGCAGGAGGAGUGUCUGCAGGAGGUUCGAGGCUGCUCGAGUUGGAUUCGAGUAUGGCUCUACGGGCUUCGUUGGCCCGAACCGUGUCUGGCGUGCAAUCUACGGGAGCGUUUCAGGAUGUGGAGCAUUGGAUAAGCUCCGAUACUUGCAGCUCCAGUUCCUGGAGCCCUCUUGGCAAGCAGAGGGGCAAGCUGAGUCGCUCUACUUCCAGGGUUCUCCGAGACUUGGCCUCCUCGCAUGGUCGUCGAGAAAGACUGAAUGGGCUGGUGUGUUUAAUUCGCGGUGUGAAUGGGGCCUCCCGCGAAGGUGCUGACAGUGAGAACGCUUCGAAUUACAAUCUGUCGACGAAAUUGGAUCCUCUGAAGAAGAAGGAUGUCUCCGUUCUGCUGAGCAUCAUCCAGGAGAUCGAGCCUCUGGAUAUUAGUCUUAUUAGCAAAGAUGUCUCCCCGGACAGCACCGAUGCCAUGAAGAGGACCAUCUCCGGCAUGCUCGGACUCCUUCCAUCAGAUCAGUUCCAAGUGACUGUCGAGGCCCCUCGUGAACCUCUUGCCCGCUUACUGGUAUCCUCCAUGAUGACAGGGUAUACUCUACGCAACGGAGAGUAUAGGCUCUGUUUGAAGAGGAGUCUGGAGCUUCCAGAGGAGAACACAGAGAUAAGAGCCGAGCGGAUGAUGAGUGAUGAGGAACGCAUCAUGGAGCUAGCGGGUUUCAUGGGUUUAGAUUUGGUCGAUCCUCUAUCUGAAGACAAGAACGCUCUCGAAUCAUCUGCAGAUUUCGACUCAGAGACUGAUUUUCUGUUUAGGCCUGAAGAAGUAGAAUUGCCGGAAGAAUUAGGUGCCGUGUCACCUGAAGUAGCGAGCUACAUCCAAUCCUUGCAAGCGAAACUUUCUGCAACUUCGAAGGAACUGGAGGAUUGCAAGCAUGCACUGACAACGAUGGAGAUGGAGAGCUUGGCCGGAGAGGAACACAACGAUUUAUUGGAUUAUCUUCGAUCUUUGGAACCAGAGAAGGUAGCGGAAUUGUCACAACCGACUACGCCAGAAGUUGAGCAAGUGAUUAAUGGUGUUAUUGACGGGCUGCUCUCCAACAUGUGUAUGGAUCAAGCCUGCAACAUUCCUCUAUACGAUGACGGCGAUUCAUGGGAAGACAAGAUAACCUCCGAUGCGAUGGUCGAUGUGCCACUGCAGUUCCAGUCGAAUGUUACCACCUCCCGUGAUUACUUGGCCCGACUUCUCUUCUGGUGUAUGCUUCUGGGGCAUUAUAUGCGUGCUGUGGAAUAUAGGCUGGAGCUUACCCGGACACUCAGCCUCUCAGGCGAUAUCAACAUGGGGGUGGAAAGAAGCAGAUGAGACUCAGACAACAUCAUCGUUUGUACACAUUGAGUAAUCUUACAAGUUGCCACGUUGUCUCUUGAAAUCUUUGCGGAGCAAAGUUUUUCUCGAUUUGGAGGCGACAUGACUUGGCGUCGUUUAUUACCACGUAUUCACUGUUCUGUGCAGCCAGAGAGCAGUCGGUGAUUAAAAAAAUGCUGAAGACGGCAUUUUUUUCUGUUAAGGGACUGUAUCAUAGUUGGAAGGAGAAAACUCGACCAGAACAGAGUAUCUGUUUUUUCCCAAUAGAGUGUCACUUUGAAAGAAGGUUGUCUUGUACAUGAGAUGUUGGUUAAGGAGACAUUGAUCAGGUAAGGUAUGGUUAAGGUCAAGCAUUUGAUUUUGUAAGUACUGCAGUUCUGCAGUCACAAUGUGUACAUUUACUGGUCCCUACAAAGCUCCAGGCUUACUUAAAAGCUAUUUUUUAGUGGGGCCCUUGAUGUCCACAAGGGCCCUCAAAAACGAUACAUACUCGCUUGCCGUGGUUGCAUUUAAAUGGCUUGACGCACAUUUAUGUCUCAGAUAAAGUGGAAGAAUUUACACGGCAAAACGAACGUUUCUGUUUCAGAUGAAGUGCAAACGGAUGAAAUCGACUGUUUUC